AUGGCAUCUUUGCCCUUCGUCUUCGGAGCAGCGGCCACCGGGAGAGUAUUCACCACGAGAGCGACCAAAGGCUCGAGCGCACCCACGGAAGAAAAAAGCUUUGUGGAUUGGCUUUUGGGUAAAGUAGCAAAGGAAGAUCAAUUCUAUGAGACAGACCCACUUCUUCAGAAGGUUGAAGAGAAGGCUGCUGGGACCACUAAUGGAAGGAAAGGCACGGUUUCGAUGCAGAGUAAGAAGAAGACUGGUGGUAAUGGGGGUGGCUUUGGAGGUCUAUUUGCCAAGAAAGACUAGUUGAUCAUCUUCUUCUUUCCACUUAUCACUUUACUGCAAUGUCUUGUCCAUUUUAUAUGUAUAAUAUCAUUGGAUCAUUUCAGUUAUCUUAAUGUUUCAACCUCAUUCUUAUCA